AUGGCGUCACAACAGGAAAAAAGGUCUGAACUCGAUCAAAGGGCAAAGAAAAGAGAGACUGUAGUACCUAGAGGCACUGGUGGCAAAAGUCUUGAAGCUCAGGAACACCUUGCUGAGGGGAGGAGCCAUAGAGGUCAGACGAGGAAGGACCAACUAGGAACUGAAUGCUACCAGGAAAUGGGAUGCAAGAAAGGUCUGAGCAUGGACGAUGAGUCUGGUGGUGACCGUGCACAGCGAGAAGGGGUUGAGAUAGAUGAGUCCAAGUAUAAGACUAAGGGUUGAUAGCUUUUAGU